AUUACAAAGAAAAUUGUAUAUGGCAAUCAUAGUUUUAAAUAUCGCAAAGUUAUCAGUGGGGACGAUGAAACAUUAGCUUGACAAAUUACGUGAGAAAUGGCCAAAAAUGUUUAUUCAAAGAACCCAGCCAGGGACCUGGGCAGUGCUGCUAUUCGGAUGGGCAAACUCUACAGCACAUUGCCCUACUGCCUGAGAAAACUGCCAGAGAACCAGCCCCGCAACCGCCAAGAGUACAUGAUCCGAAAAUGGAUGAACCCCGGCGAGAUCGAGGUCUACUUUGACGGCUCCAACAAAUUCCUGUACGAGGCCAAGACCAUGGCGCAGCAAUUGGAAGAGAUCAAACAACAAAGACAGAAAAUCAUCAGCACGUGCCAGGAGCAGACGAAGUACCUCAGGGCAUUGAUUGAAGACAAACCUCCAGCACCAGUGAUGGACCUGGUCAACAUGAGACAGAGAUAUGACAGAGCUGUACAGCAAACAUCAAAACAAUACAGAAAACAAACUAAGAACUCAACCACAGGUUAAAUGUUUUUUCAGACGAAGUCUGAUCAAGUAUUUAUUUACUUUAACCUUAUGUAUAUAUAUUUAUUAAUUUUUUCAGAAUAAAAUUAUAGAUAAGGCUA